AUGAACUCAUUAUUUAUUCGUCGUAAUUUUCAAAAGCUACAAAUAGCCUCACCUUAUAACAAUAGAAAAUCAAGUAUUAUUUGUAAAAAAUCCUACUCGAGCAUUGUUGAGGUUAAACCCAAUGAUAGGAUACAUGGAUUUCGAGUUGAACAAACGAGACAUAUCCCCGAGCUUGAAUUGACAGCAACUCAACUUGUACAUGAAGUCACCGGAGCUUCACACUUGCAUAUUGCAAGAAAUGAUAAUAAUAAUGUAUUUGGUGUGGGGUUUUCAACACCUCCCACGAAUAACUGUGGAACUCCUCAUAUACUGGAACAUACAACACUUUGUGGGAGUAAAAAAUUUCCCGUGCGAGAUCCAUUUUUUAAAAUGUUGAAUCGAAGUUUGGCAAAUUUUAUGAAUGCCAUGACAGCAAAAGAUUAUACGAUCUAUCCAUUUUCAACUACACACAAACUUGAUUUUGAAAAUUUAAGAGAUGUUUAUAUGGAUGCGACAUUUCACCCUUAUCUGAGAGAAUUGGAUUUUAAACAGGAAGGAUGGAGACUUGAACAUCAGCAGCCUAAUGAUAAGUCAACCUCUUUACAAUUUAAAGGAGUUGUGUAUAAUGAAAUGAAGGGUCAAAUGUCAGAUGCUGGAUAUUUAUUUUACACUCGGGUGCAAGAAAAUAUGUUUCCCGGUACCACUUAUGGAGCUGAUAGCGGAGGAGAUCCAAAAUAUAUAACAGAUUUAACAUAUCAAGAGCUUUUACAAUUCCAUAAAACUCAUUAUCAUCCGAGCAAUGCAAAAUUUUAUACUUAUGGAGACUUUCCAUUAAGAGAUCAUUUGAUAGCAAUUGAUGAUAAAAUUAGAGAGUUUGAGAAAUUGAAUCCUGACGAAGGUGUGAAAUUCGUUAACCCAUUUGAAUCUCCAAGAAGAGUUACUUUAUAUGGACCUUUUGAUCCAAUAAAUAAUCCGGAGAAGCAGACCAAAAUGUCUGUAUCAUUCUUAACCAAUGAUAUAACAGAUACCUUUGAGACUUUUGCUUUAAAGAUAUUUGGUUAUUUAUUAUUAGAUGGUCACGCAUCUCCAAUGUAUAAAGCACUAAUAGAUACAAAUAUCGGAUCUGAUUUUUCCGAAAACACUGGUUAUGAUCCUUCAACUAGAAUAAGCUGUAUGAGUAUUGGAUUACAAGGAAUGAAAGAGAAUGACGUUCCGUUGGCUGAAGAGGUAAUAAGAAAAGUUUUGGAAGAUAUUCAUCGAGAUGGGUUUGAUCCAAAACGUAUUGAAGCUGCAAUACAUCGAACAGAAUUGAGUAUUAAACAUAAAGUUUCAUCCUUUGGUCUAGGACUGAUGCAUUUAAUAAGUUCAGGGUGGUUUAAUGGUUGUAAUCCUGCCGAGAUUUUGGAAAUUAAUAAGAAUAUUGAAUUGUUGAAGGAAAAGCUAGGGACGGGACCAUUCUUUCAAAAUCUUGUAUCGAAAUAUUUCCUAAAUAAUCCACAUACUCUUACAUCGAUAAUGUUGCCCGAUCAAUCAUAUACAGAAAAUUUAUCACGAGAAGAGCAAUCACGGUUAUCGGCUAAAACUUCAACCCUUUCACUAGAAGAAAAAGAAAAAAUAUAUGAACAAUCAAUACAAUUAUUAAAAAAACAAGAUGAAAAAGAAGAUUUAUCUAUACUGCCAAGUUUGAAAAUACAAGAUAUUGAUAAACAAAUGAAAACAUUUAAAUUAAGGUUUAAUGAUAUUAAUAAGUGUCCAGUACAAUGGAGAAAUACAAGUACAAACGGAAUAACUUAUUUUAAAGCCAUUAGUAAAAUUGAAGGGUUAAAAGAAGAUUUAAGAAUCUAUUUACCUUUAUUUGCUCAAGCUAUAACUUCUUUAGGAACAAAGACUAGAUCUAUGGCAGAGAUUGAUGAUGAUAUAAGAUUAUACACUGGUGGUAUAAGUACUUCAACUUUUCUAUCAACAAAUCAUUCCGACCAUAUGUAUGAUAUAAUGAAACAGCUUAUAUGUGAAACCAAUUUUGAUAAUGUUGAUAAGUUGAGAACCAUUAUUUUUGCUAAUGCAGCCAAUAUGAUGAAUUCGGUUGUUGAGCAUGGUCAUCAGUAUGCUAGUACUUUCGCUGCAUCUAGAUUAACCCCUACAGUGAGUAAAGCGGAAACUUAUGGCGGCAUGACGCAAGUGCAUUUCAUGAAUAAAUUGUCAGGUACUGAAGAUUUCGGUACUAUAAUUCAGAAAUUGAAGGAAAUAGCUGAAAAUGUUUUUAGUAAACAAUCCUUAAGAGUAGCAAUUACUUGUGGUUCAGAAACUAUAAAUCAUAAUGAAAAUGUAUUAAAUAAAUUUUUAAAUGAGUUACCCCCCCAAAAAUUAUCACAAGUUGCUAAGCAAAGUGCUUUCCGGUCAACACAUGAAAAAGCAUUCUUCCCUAUGCCAUUUGCAGUAAAUUUUUGUGCUAAAGCUUUUAAGGGUGUACCUUAUACACAUCCUGAUGGAGCCAAAUUACAAAUCCUUUCGUCAUUAAUGGGUACACAUUAUCUUCAUCGAGAAAUUCGUGAAAAAAAUGGUGCUUACGGAGGAGGGGCAAAAUAUAAUGCGACUACUGGUAUAUUUUCGUUUUUCUCUUACAGAGAUCCCAAAACCUUGGAAACCUUAAAAACUUAUAAAGAUAGUAUUAAAUGGGUUGAGGAAAGAAAGUUUACUCAACAAGAAAUUGAUGAAGCAAAGUUAUCUAUUUUUCAACACAUUGAUGCACCUACCAGCGUUUUCGAAGAAGGAAUGAUUUAUUUCACAGAAAAGAUCACAGAUGAACAAAGACAAAAGCGACGUGAGCAAUUACUUGCCGUUACAGAUGAUGAUAUAAAAGAAGUUGCAAAGAUUUAUUUAGAAGAUCAAGAAAAUGCUAUUGCUAUUAUUGGCGAAGAAGUCGAGAAGGGAUGA